CUAGGGCAGUUGACCAAAAUGCCAAAUAUCAAAAUCUUCAGCGGCAGCUCCCGUCAGGACUUAUCCCAGAAAACUGCCGACCGACUGGGCCAGGAGCUGGGCAAGGUGUUGACCAAGAAAUUCAGCAACCAGGAGACCUGUGUGGAAAUAGGCGAGAGUGUGCUAGAAGGGGAUGUCCACAUAGUGCAGAGUGGUUGUGGCGAAAUCAACGACAGUUUAAUGGAGCUUUUGAUCAUGAUUAAUGCCUGCAAGAUUGCUCCAGCCAGCCGAGUUACUGCAGUCAUCCCGUGCUUCCCGUAUGUGCAGGAUAAGGAGGAUAAGAGCCGAGCCGCAGUCUCCGCCAAGCUUGUUGUAAAUACGCUGUCUAUAGCAGGGCAUGCUUCUCAAAUUCAGGGCUUUUUUGAUAUCCCAGUAGACAAUUUGUAUGCAGAUCCAGCUGUCCUGAAGUGGAUAAACGAGAAUAUCUCUGAGUGGAGGAACUGCACGAUUGUCUCUCCAGAUGCUGGUGGAGCUAAGAGAGUGACCUCCGUUGCAGAAAGAUUGAAUGUGGACUUUGCCUUGAUUUACAAAGAACCGAAGAAGGCCAAUGAAGUGGACCGAAUGGUACUAGUGGGAUAUGUGAAGGAUCGUGUGGCUAUCCUUGUGGAUGACAUGGCUGACACUUGUGGUACAAUCUGCCAUGCAGCUGACAAACUUUUCUCAGCUGGAGCCACCAGAGUUUAUGCGAUCCUGACUCACGGAAUCUUUUCUGGCCCGGCCAUUACUCACAUCAACAGUGCAGGCUUUGAAGCAGUAGUAGUCACCAAUACCAUACCUUAGGAGGAUAAGGUGAAGCAUUGCUCCAAAAUACAGGUGAUCGACAUCUCCAUGAUCCUUGCAGAAGCCAUCUGAAUUCACAAUGGGGAAUCUGUCUCCUACCUGUUCAGCCAUGUCCCAUUGUGA